GUUUGUGAGGCUCGACAAGAAGCAAACACCAUCUCUGCUUGCUGAAAAGCUGCAGAGGCCGGCAGGAACCCACGCACCUGGGUCUUUUACCUUUACCCAAGAAAGGAAUAAAAGGUCAGACGAUGACAACUGUGUCCUCAACAGCCAGGCCCCAGGAAUCAGUGGCUUUUGAUGACGUGGCUGUGUACUUCACUAAGAAGGAAUGGGGUAUGAUGGUGCCUGACCAGAGGGCCUUGUACAGGGAUGUGAUGCUGGAGAACUGUGAGGCUGUGGUCCUUGUAGCAGUGCCACCCACUUCCAAACCAGCUUUGGGCUCUCAUCUGGAGCAAGGGAAAGAGCCCUGUUCCACCCAACCACAGGGAGUCCUAAGCAGGAGGGACUGGAGAGCAGGCUUUAUAGGACACUCGGAACUGAGAAGAUAUACUUACUUAGCUAAAGCAAUGUUAUGUGUAAUAAAAUAAAAAUUCUUCAAAAUCAUCGAUGCUGGGAAGUCAGGAGAAAGGCUUAAUUCUUGACAUUUAAAUACCAGUUUUCCAAGUCAGGAGUUGAUGUAAGAGGCACCUUAAAUGAUGUCAAAUGCACAUUUUCUUUUUCUGUAGACUAGUUUCUGUAGAUUUAAUGUUUUUCAUUCAUUAAAAUAAUUCAUUUUGAUAA